CCCGUGCUAUAUGUGUGUGUGUGUUUCUGUGUGUCGGAGCGGCUGCUUCUGCUCCCGAGGGCUGCUGUUUGGAUUCUUGCCCCUCCGCCCUUGCCGCCUUCCUCGCAGGCCUCAGAGUCGGUGGCGAGCGGCUUCUGGUCCCUCUCGUUCGCCCCCUCCGCGGGAUUCAUUCGGGCCCGGUGUGGUGGGGGCUGACUGGGAACUAAGCCCUUGAAGAGCCCUCCCCCUUCAGGCUCCCUCCGCGUUGGUGCCGGGGGUCCUGGAUUCCCGCCCCUCGCCGCCCCCCGGCAGCUGGGAGGGGAUUGGGAUUGAUUUGCAGCCGUCGCUGUCGCCGCCGCCGCCGCCGUCCUGUGUCUUUCCUGCCUGGCUGUGGCGUGUUGUUUUUUGGGGGGGCUCCCAGCAGAGAGGAUAAUUGUCAGAGGGAGGAAAACGCCGACGGUCCUGGACUGGGAAAUAAUGAAAAAAGUUUGCCAAGGUUCUUGAUCAGAGAAGUGGACUUUGAGAUAAAGGAACUAACUAGGCUCAUGUUUUCGCCUGAUCAAGAAAACCAUCCGUCAAAAGCACCAGUGAAAUAUGGUGAACUGAUUGUGUUGGGGUACAAUGGCUCUCUGCCAAAUGGAGAUCGAGGAAGAAGAAAAAGCAGGUUUGCUUUAUUUAAAAGAGCCAAAGCAAAUGGGGUGAAACCUAGCACUGUGCACAUUGCCUGUACGCCUCAGGCAGCAAAGGCAAUAAGCAACAAGGACCAGCAUAGUAUAUCCUACACCUUAUCUCGAGUUCAAACUGUGGUGGUUGAAUAUACACAUGACAGCAACACAGACAUGUUUCAGAUUGGACGAUCAACAGAGAGCCCCAUAGACUUCGUAGUGACAGAUACUGUUCCUGGAAGCCAGAGCAAUUCAGAGACUCAGUCUGUUCAGAGCACUAUCUCAAGGUUUGCUUGCAGAAUCAUAUGUGAACGAAAUCCUCCUUUCACAGCAAGAAUAUAUGCUGCUGGCUUUGACUCCUCCAAAAACAUCUUUCUAGGGGAGAAAGCUGCCAAGUGGAAGACUUUGGAUGGGCAAAUGGAUGGAUUAACCACAAAUGGGGUUCUUGUUAUGCAUCCUCGCAAUGGAUUCACCGAAGACUCCAAGCCAGGAGUAUGGAGGGAGAUAUCUGUAUGUGGGAAUGUGUUCAGUCUCCGUGAAACAAGAUCUGCUCAGCAGAGGGGGAAAAUGGUUGAAAACGAAACAAACCAACUUCAGGAUGGUUCGUUGAUUGACCUCUGUGGAGCAACAUUACUGUGGCGCACUGCAGAAGGCCUUUCGCGCACUCCCACCGUGAAGCACUUGGAAGCUCUAAGACAGGAAAUAAAUGCUGCUAGACCUCAGUGCCCUGUGGGCUUUAACACACUAGCCUUUCCUAGUAUGAAGAGGAAAGAUGUUGUAGAUGAAAAGCAACCCUGGGUUUACCUGAACUGUGGCCACGUCCAUGGCUACCACAACUGGGGUAACAAAGAAGAGAGAGAUGGGAAGGACCGGGAAUGCCCCAUGUGCCGAUCUGUUGGCCCUUAUGUGCCGCUCUGGCUUGGAUGUGAAGCUGGAUUUUAUGUGGAUGCUGGCCCUCCAACUCACGCAUUCAGCCCAUGUGGACAUGUGUGCUCAGAAAAGACAACUGCCUAUUGGUCCCAAAUACCUCUUCCUCAUGGUACCCACACUUUUCAUGCAGCCUGUCCAUUCUGCGCACAUCAGCUUUCUGGUGAACAAGGCUACAUCAGACUUAUUUUCCAAGGACCGAUUGACUAACUCGUGUUAUCUGAGAGCUGCAUUUAAAUAACAUAAGCUAAAAGAUUCUAAUUUCAAAUGAACUGCUGUCUUAAAUUCAACUCUAUUUCGUUCUCUGGGCUUUUACAGUUUACUUUGAGAUGAAGAAUACUUAUUAUUUAAGUGGUGAAUUCCUCUAGAUAAUGGAUGAAGCUGGUUAUGUAGAAAAGAUUGGUGGUGGAUAGCUGGAGCAGACUGAAGAUAGUUCCUAGCCCAUCAUUUUUGAGAUGGAAAAGAUAAUGUUCUUUGCCUUCAAUGUAAAUGAUUUGAAUAACAUGCCUUUAAUAUCUAAAAUUUGUCUUUUUAAAAAGUAUAUAAUUGAGGGGGUGAAAGUGAUCAGUUCAAAAGGAUAUGAGUUUACAGCUUGGAUACAAACAUGUAAGAUAGAGCAACAUGUAUAGUAACUCCUUUUUCUUUUUAUCUUACUAUGAAACAUUAUCCUAGGUGACUUGGAUAGAGUAGCAUGGUAGUUGUGUGUUGCAUCCAUUGACUGGAUGUGUAGAUUAGUUCUGGAUCAGGAAAGGGUAGGAGAUGGGAAUAUGAUAGAUGAGCUUGCUUUAUUUUGUAAAAGACUAAAUCAAUAUUGAGUUGGUAGAAAAGCAGCAGGUUUUAAAACAUAACUAAAGCAAAUUAAAUUGAUGUGCUUUUUGAAGUGCUUAACUACAUGUUGGGUUACUUGAUAAAAACCCUUGUUUUUUCUUUCUCUUUCUCUGUCUGGUAGAACUGUAACAAAAUGAACUGGUCACAUAACAUUUACCUGAUACUUGGAAUAUGCAAUUUGCCCUCAAUGAAGUUCUUUUCUCCCUCCAUGUUAUAUAUUAUGUAUUUGGUUUGUUUUUUUCUUGCCUUGUUUUUUGCAUUUGCAGCACUGAAGGGUUUAUGCUUAUUUAAAUAAAAAAGAAAACACCAAGGUAUACAAGGAGUUCCGUUUUCUUCCUCCAUUGGGAGAAACAAAAGAGAGCCAGGAAGUGCGUUAGACAGGUUCUGUACAUUAGAUUAGGAACUGAUACUGGAGCACAUUAGGAUACCAUGGAGAUGUACGGUAUUUGUGUACAUGUUCAUACAUACUGUACCAUUGCAAAAGGCCAUAGUCAAUUCAUUUUCCCUCCCUAAAAUGGAAAUUAAUUGAGGUGAUGUAUUCCGGCAUUUUAUGGGAAGAAAAAUAUAACCCAGGAUGAUUAUUCCCAUGUUGCAAUAUGAAUACAUCUCUGCACAUAUAUGCAUGCAUGUAUUUAAAUAUUUAUAAACCAUACAUUCACAAAAAUAUAGCAAGGUAGUAUACAUCAUACACAAUUACAAUAUCAGCAAAUACUGGUUGGUAAAACAAAUUCGCAUAGCGAAGGCCUAUCUGAAUAACACAUAAGAUUUCUGCAUUGCAAUAUAUUUGUAUUCAAAGUAUUUAAGAUGUGGCUAGAACCCGUGUGAGUAGCUUUGCCAGAAGGUUCACAAGAGUCACCAGCCUUCCAAAAAACAAACAGAUAGGACUUGCCCUGAAGGGAAGCUUUUAGGCUUGUAUCCAGUGCAGCACUAAGCAAGCAAGCUUCCCUUCAGGGAGGAAAGUCCCCCUAAGCAAGAGCCAACCCUUUCACUAACAGGGCACUUACCGUACUUAGAGUUGCAGUGAAUACAAGUCAAAAGCCACUUCUGUUUUUUCAAACAUUUCUGUGACUUCAGAAAAUGAGUUAAAAACAGCUGCAUUGGAAUUACAUUCAAAUCAAAGCAAAAGGAAUAGAAAUAAAUGUGGGAAAUCGUUUUCCCACCAUGGGUUAACUUUCAAGGGACACAAAG